UUACUCAUUUCUUGCUGAAAUCCAUCUCUCUUCUUCUCCUCCUCCCUCUUCCCUCACAUCAUCCGAAUUCACCUGCACCUUGCCUGAUCACCCCUCCGCAUCCUCCUGUCCAUUACGGUGCCAAAGUUGCAUUAUCUUCGAUUGCCUUCGCGAUUGCCUUCGCAUCUGCCGUCCCCUUCUGCUGCUCAAACGCAAACCACCCCUUCGUUCGCUAUACGUUCACCAACUCUUAACUUCACCUUCCCACUUGUCCUUUCCACUCGCCCUUCCCACUAGUCCGCAAGAUCUUGGCUCCGUUCGUUUGUUUGAUAGCUUUCUGAUUUCUUCACUCCGUCAAAAACACUCGCCUCCCCCCUGGUUUCUGGGCUCGUCUCGGUUCAAGCACCUUGCAGGUACACCUACACGUCGAUAGUGUGCGCUGGAUCGUUUGGGAACUCCACGGUUCUGCCAACACCCCGCUCUGGUUCUCCCCCGUGUCAUAUUUCCUGGUCACCAACUUUACGAGAUCGCUUCCAUGCGUAGUGGUUUCGUCGUCUGAAUAAUUUUAUCCACAUAACACGCCAUCCCUUGUGGGUUCUAAACCUCCUCUGUUCCCUCAGCCAUACAACACACGCCAGUUCUUUCCUGCACCCCUCCCUGUAAACACUAUUUGUGCGAGGUCGGGAUCAUCUUCCCACUGGCCCUUGGAACCACUUAAGCUUGAGUUCCCGGUUCCCCUCUAACACUGCGGCUACUCCGUCCCGUAAACUGGUGGGAUAAUAUUUACGACUCCUGCAUCGUGCUUACACGAAACGAAACGAGCCUCUUUACAAGCACUUAGUCGUAUUUAGCUGGUCACUUUGCUCCUUUCUUCUCCUUAUUAUUACCUUUUUCUGCCGUUGGCAUCCUUUCUUUUUCUUUUUUCCCCUUAUACCGGUUUAGCGGUCGUUAUCUACUGUAUCCUCUCAUCUCCAGACUUCGUUCUUGAGGUGUGAAGUUCAGCAGUAUUCGACUAUCCGCCAGACCAACUUGAAUUAUCGUCGUCCUGGCAACAAGAAGAACUUACGGAGCUCUUUCAUCCUCCGACGAAAGUGAAGGCGAACCUCCGAUUUCCACACAAGAACGCGGGACAACAAGUAACCUAAGUUUGGCAUCUGCGGCUCCUGGAGCACAAGUACAGCAAGCAUCGUCUUCCGCUACCCCUGCCCAACCGUCAGGGAGUCAGGAAAGCCCGGCGAGAAAACGUAGACGGACCUCCGCAUACAGCCCCAGUAGCGAGACUUCCGCUACUUCAUACCUGCACCCUCGGUCCGCUAGCGGCACCAGUAGCAACGUCACCGGUAAUAUGAGAAUCGAAAACAAUGGGUUGAACUCUCAGGCCUCGGUGGCGGAUAGUGGACGUUCGGGGACUAAUGGAGCCUCGUCGGCCGCUGUGGAAACGAAUGGAAAUGGUGCUGGUGUUCGUAAUGGUUCUGGGAAGUUGGAGGGUGGCUCAACGGCUUCGUCUUUUACAAUGCUUGCCCCGCCUACACCUAAGCCGAGCUAUUUUGGCCAUGAUCGGGAGGAGAUCACUAGAAUUGUGAUUCAGUCGUUGGUGGAUUUGGGGUAUCACAAGGCAGCUCGUGUGUUGGAAGAGGAGAGUGAAUACACUUUGGAGUCUCCAGAGGUAUCAGAAUUUAGGGAUGCCGUGCUACAGGGUCAAUGGAAUAAGGCUGAGGAGCUGUUAUUUGGGCUGGAAAUUAAUAAAGAUGCGGACGUUAAUGCCUUGUUGUUUUACAUGAGACAGCAGAAGUUUCUUGAGCUUCUGGAGGUUGCAGACGUUUCGAGAGCUUUACAUGUUCUCAGGACAGAACUAACUCCCCUUAAUCAGAGCGUAGAAAAGUUACAUUCUCUAUCUAGCUUAAUGAUGUGUAUAUCUGCCGACGAUCUUAAAGCACGAGCUGAGUGGGACGGCGCGGCCGGGAUGUCUCGCCAACAGCUGUUGUCGGAGCUCUCGAAGUCUAUCUCGGCCUCGGUAAUGAUCCCCGAACACCGACUCGCUUCACUAUUACACCAGGUCAAGCAAAACCAAUUAUCCAAGUGUCUUUACCACAAUACCGCGAAUUCGCCUUCAUUGUAUACGGAUCAUCAUUGCGACAGAAAUCAGUUUCCGUUGUCGACAGUGGAAAUUUUGACCGACCACAAAGACGAGGUCUGGUUUGUGCAGUUUUCGAACGACGGAACACGAUUGGCCACCGGGAGCAAAGAUUUUACUGUUAUAGUAUGGGACUUGGAGGAUUUUCAACCGAUACAUCACCUCAAAGAUCAUACGGGCGCGAUAACGUAUCUUCGGUGGUCGCCUGACGACUCGAAGCUGUUGAGCUGCUCUCAGGAUAAACAGGCAAAGUUAUGGGAUACAACAACUGGCGGGUGCAUAAGAACGAUGAGUGCCCAUACUGACUGGGUCAGUUCGUGCGCAUGGGCUCCGGAUGGGCAGACAUUCGUGACUGGAAGUGUGGAUAAAGAGAUGAUCCUUUGGAAUCUUUACGGAGAGAGUAUCCACACGUGGACCGGCGCAAGGGUAUACGACUUGGUAGUUACUGCGGACGGGGCACGAUUAGCUGCGGUAUGCACCCAGAUGAAGUUACAUGUUUUCAACUUUGUUACCCGAGAGAAGGAGUAUGAGCGUGAUCUAGGUGGCGUUUCCACAUGCAUCUCUGUUAGCAAGGAUUCGAGAUACAUACUUCUCAACAUGGGUGCUGGGGUUCAAGAGCUCCGGCUCUUGAACAUUGAGACGGGUGCAGAUGUUAGGCACUUUUCGGGAACGAAACAGGAAGAGUUUGUUGUAAGGAAUUGCUUCGGGGGAGCCGAUGAGAACUUUGUUGUCUCCGGUAGCGAAGACUCAAACGUCUACGUCUGGCGCAAAGAAAACGGAGCACUGGUAGAAGUCUUGCCAGGCCACUCCGGGAUUGUGAACUGUGUGGCUUGGAACCCUACAAAUCCUUACAUGUUUGCUUCAGCUGGUGACGACAGAAACGUGCGAAUAUGGUCAAAAGCUCCUCAACCUCAACUGAAGGAGCAAAGAGAAACAACUGUGCAACCAAUCGCCAAAAGGGAUCCAGGAUGUUUACCGGAAUUGUCGAAGCAAUCGGGACAACUAAUAUUGCCCUUUCCCUGCCAACUAGCAAUCUCCUCCAUAACACAUUCUGAAACAACCCAAACCACAACCUUAACAAUUGCCGGUGCUGCUCCAAUCCUCACUGACGCCCAUCUCGGCGACAGUAUAAGCGUAAACGGCACCUGUCUAACAAUAACCUCCUUUACCCGGGACACCUUCACGGUCGACCUCUCCCCGGAAACUCUCCGACGCACAACAUUCCCCCAGUCCCUCCCCUCCUCUUCUCCCAAUCCGGUGCAAGUCAACCUCGAACGCGCCGUCAGCGGGGACGUACGUUUCGGUGGGCACUUUGUCCAGGGACAUGUUGACACCAUCGCUAGCAUUGUCGACAGAAGGUCCGAUGGAAGCCCAGUUGUGUUCAGGUUUAAACCUAGGGAUAUGGAAGUUAUGAAGUACGUCGUCGAGAAGGGCUAUGUUGCGGUUGAUGGGGCGAGUUUGACUGUUGUUGCUGUUGGCGAGGGGGAGGAUCAGGGGUGGUGGGAGGUCAUGUUGGUUGAUUAUACCCAGGAAAAGAUUAUCACUGCUAGGAAGCAGGUUGGCGAAAAUGUUAAUGUUGAGGUUGACAUUACGGGGAAGUAUAUUGAGAAACAGGUUCUUGCGUACUUGGGCGCUGGGGAUGAUGGAGAAGGAAGGGGUGGCUUGUUGGAGAGGGUUGUUGAGAGGGUUGUCGAGAGGAAGCUGUCGGAGAGGAAAUAGUCGCCCUGCGACGGGGCUGAUAUAAUUGCUUCACGGGGCGUUG